AUGGACGGAAAUCUUCCGCCGGAGUUGAUAGAAGAAAUUCUCUUCCGAUUGCCGGCUAAGGCCCUCUUGAGGUUCAAGGCUGUUUCCCAAUCAUGGCAUUCCGUCAUCACAAGCGUCUAUUUUGCAGCCGCUCAUCUUAACCAUGAAAAAACUGGUAAUGGUUCAUACUCCAAGAAGAAUCGUUAUCUUAUUCCCCAAGGAUCACACGCUUUCCCUUGGAGACAUCACUUAGAGAUUGAACUCGAUACUGAUGGGAAUAUCUGUGCAUGGCCGCUAGUGAACAAUGGAUUGCGGGGAGUUCCUAAGCUGCUUAAUCCUCGGCGUCGGCCGCCUUACGACGUACUGUGCUGUUGCGAUGGCCUGUUCGUGACAGGCCUCACCCGUGACAAGAGAAAAAUGAUGCAAAACCGCUGUGCGAUGAUUUGGAAUCCGUCCACUCAAUGUUGUGUGAAAUUCCAGUGCCCUAACUUCGUAUCUAACAUCCACGGACUGGUGCCGGAUCCGACGGUGAGCGGUGAGUAUAAAUUUGUGAAGUGCGACAUGAAGAAGUAUGCUGUUUACAAGUGCAGGAGCAAGUCAUGGUCCGAGAUCAAAUCGUUGGAUGAGUCCAUAUUCAUGCUCAGACGCCAAGUAAAUGCUUGCAAGUACCGCUCACGAGGGAUCUUUUCAAAUGGUAAUUUAUUCUGGCUUGUGAUCAAUAUAAACAUCAGACCCUCUUUCGAAGUAGUUUGCUUCGAUGCCAAAGAAGAGAAAUUCCAGAGGCUGCCCAACCUGCCGCUGGAGACACCCGUGUCUUGCGAUGGUUAUCAUUGUGCAUACUUAGUUCCCUGUGCCGAUGGAAACUUUUGCUUGUUCUACAAGACCCGGGCUCUGAAUGGUAAUGCCAUGAGAACCGAAGGUCGGAUCUUGAUGUUGAAAAGCUCCGGCAACGGGCAGUACUCAUGGGCAGAUAAGCAAAUUCGGGUGCCUUUGGAUGCGGAAGCAAACAAUGAUCAUCUAGUAUUCCUGCAAGGCGAGAUUAUGAUAUUCAGAGGUAUACGAUCCGGUGCAUGGUCUUUGUUUCAUUACAACACUAGAGAUCGAACCUUCAAGGAAAUUCGGAGAGGUGAUCCCGUGCUGCUCUCGAUGGUUGACUACUCUGCUCCACAUUAUGACAAUCUCUUCUUCCUAGCAGAUAAGAAGAAGAAGAAGACGCCGGAUGGAGCUUUAGGUUCACAAUGAGAGAUCAUCCAUGACAAUCUCGAAUUCAUUUGGAUUUGGCGGGCGCAACUCUGUCGUCGCAUUCUCUUCUUUCAAGCCAUGACAUCCUCCAGAAUCUGUGACCUGAGAUUAAGUCCUUUUUUGCACCAUUCUAAUUUCUAUCACUGGACAUACUUGUUCUCAGGAGUGGUAACUUAGGUCUUAGUUUGAUCUUUUGAGGACUGUUGUCUAGUUUUCCAUUCAUAUUUGCGGCUGUUUCGGUGCAGAAAAUGCAUCAGUUUUGAUUGUUUCUUUUGUGAACUUCCAGUCUUUGCGUCCAUUUAGUUUUCUCGAGCAUUGCCUCUCAGAUUUUGCAAAAAGUUCUC